CCGGGAGCGCGCAGGCGCAGCAGCCCGGGAGUCCCGCCAGCGUGCGCGAGCCAGUGGUCGCUGCGGCGGGGUUGCCACCGCUCACCAUGGGCCCGAGGCCGCGGCUGCUGAUACCGCUCGUGCUUUGCGUGGGGCUCGGCGCGCUCGCGCCUUCUUCGGAGGCCUCAGGCGUUCGCAAGCGAGGCCCCUUGGUGACGGCCAAGGUCUUCUUUGAUGUGAGGAUUGGAGACAAGGAUGUUGGCAGAAUUGUGAUUGGCCUUUUUGGAAAAGUUGUGCCCAAGACGGUGGAAAAUUUUGUUGCUCUAGCAACAGGAGAGAAAGGAUAUGGAUAUAAAGGAAGCCAGUUCCAUCGCGUCAUCAAGGAUUUCAUGAUUCAAGGAGGUGACUUCACCGCUGGAGAUGGCACUGGCGGUGUGAGCAUUUAUGGUGAGACGUUUCCAGACGAAAACUUCAAGCUGAAGCAUUACGGCAUUGGGUGGGUCAGCAUGGCCAAUGCUGGGCCAGACACCAAUGGCUCUCAGUUCUUCAUCACCUUGACCAAGCCCACAUGGUUGGAUGGCAAACAUGUGGUAUUUGGAAAAGUCAUCGAUGGGAUGACAGUGGUGCACUCCAUAGAGCUCCAAGCUACUGAUGGGCAUGACCGUCCGCUCACCAACUGCUCCAUUGUCAACAGUGGCAAGAUAGACGUGAAAACGCCCUUUGUGGUUGAGGUCGCUGACUGGUGACACAACUAGCAGAAAACAAGGAACGUACUUUGGCAGGGGUGUGUGUGUGUGUGUGUGUGUGUGUGUGUGUGUGUGUGUGUCUGUCUGUCUGUCUUUAUCUUUCAAUCCUUCAGUUACUGUUUUGCUUUGUUUUUUCACUUUCUUUUAAUUUUCUACCCCAGAUCACGCGAGUUAAAAAAAAUCAACC